CACCAACACCACCAACACCAACACCACCAACACCAACACCAACACCAACAUCAACAGUCAUAGCAGGAACGCCAUCAAUCUACACUUUUUUCUCAUGAUGUUGCCGUCGCGCACCACAUCGCUCGUUGCGCUCCUAGCGGUAUCAGCAACGCUCGUGCAAGCCCAGCAAUCGUCCGGCUGCCUCGUCCUCACGGGCUCCAAGGCUUGUCCCGACUACCAGCAAUACGCGGUCAAGGCCAUUGAUCAAUUCAAGUCCGUUCAAGACUUUGACAACUUUGUGUUUGCGUCUUUCGACAACAACACCGCGUACCAGAGCCAGUUUCAGUCCUUUUUCGACUGCCCGAACUGGAAGGGAUCCGGCGAGCGCUUCCACAUCUCUGUCGUAUGCACCUUUUUGGUUGCUCAGUCGCAGUGCCAGCAGCCCGCGCCGUGGACGCCAUUGUGUCAAGAGUCAUGUAAUCUGUAUUUGAGCUCGCUCAAUGCCGUCUUUGCGAAUCCAGCGAGCUGCAACCAAAACACCACAUCCCAAUUCUCGCAACGCCGGGGCAUCCAGAGCGAUUUGCAAACAAGUGCCUAUGCUCAGUACUGCACAACACUCCCAAAGAACAGCACUGGUGCAGCCUGCACGACGGGCAUGAAGUUUGAAGCCACGCAGUGUGGAUUUUUCAACACGACCGACGCUCAGGCGUAUUGCAGCUCGGCGAGUGGCAGCAAUGAUCCGUGCUGUCCUCCGUUCGUCAACCAAACUCUGCAAUCCGAGUCCAAGAUCCUGCUACCCAUCGAUCCAAAAGUCUGGAUCAUCUCCGCUUCGGUGCUUGGCGUAAUGAUCCUGGGCGUGGUCUUCUAUCUUGUGUGUAUCCGGACCGGCCGAUGGAAGAAAAAACGAGCCCAGGCCUUUGUCCCGCUCCCCGAAGAGACUUCGCCAGCAGGCAUGAGUGGUUCUGGAUCGAUGCUCGGCAGCGCUUCCACCCAACGCAAGAGUCUGUUCAACUCGGAUGGCCGCCGUAGUUUGUUCAACGGCCUUCGUAGCAAUCCAAACGGCCGGAUCAGCGUUUUCAGCCGCAAGUCCAAGAUCAACGUUGCAUCGGACUUUUCUCGGCCGGACAUGGAAGCCCUUCCGGUGCCCAUGUUUGUCCCGCCUGUCCCCAGCCUGCCUUCAACAUCCCAGCGCACCAACAUGCGCAUGAAAGUUAUCGAAUCGUACACGCCUAUGAUGACGGAUGAAGUAGCGCUACGUCUGAAUGACAUCAUCUUGGUCGAAGAGAUGUACGACGAUGGCUGGGCAAUCGGCCAGAACGAAACCAACGGCGGGUCGGGCGCUUUCCCAAUGGCAUGUGUGGCUCCGUUGUCGUCGGCUCCGCAGGAGGCGCGGGCGAGCCCCGUCCAACAGCGAACCAACUCGCUGAUGGCGACGCCUCGAUCGUGAGCGCGCAGGCUAGCUCGAGUCGAUACAUUUGCACUGGCUGGCUCGGUCGACAAGUAUCGGUGAUAAUCUGUUGUGCGGCGUGGGGGCGGUAGUGUUUGUCUACGCAUCUCGAAGUAGUCUGUGAAAGUAAAUGCGAGGCAUCAAUCCUGCCUUUCGGAAAUGGAGUUUGUUUGAAACGAGAAGAGACCGUUGGUCCUGAAUGUACUUCAUGUCGACCACUGGUUGUGUUUGGUUUGGAAAACACCGCCCCGAAUCCACCCGGUCGAUCCUCCUGUGGCGGGACCAUGUUCCUGGCUGCA